GCGUGCGCAGAAGUUACGAGCGUCGUCGUCACUUCUCGAGUAAAAGUUGCUUCUUUCGCUAAGGCUUGUCGACGGCGGAGAAAGCCAGCCAGCCGUCGCCGUGAUGACGUAGGGAUUCCCCCCUCGUCGCUCCUCUUCCUCCCCCCUCCUCCCGUCGCGCAGUUGUUGUUUUUUUCUUUUUGCGUGCUGCGUGCUUGCGUCAGGCGGACCGUGGCGCGGCUGAUCUGGUUCCCGCCAUCUGCCCUUUUCACUAAGCUAAGAGGAGGCCGGGCCGCGGUGGGUCGAGCCAGGCCAGGCCGGCGCCGGAGCUAAAGUGGAGAAUAACCCCGAAGUAGGAAGGAAGGAAGCGGCAGCGGCGGCGGCGGCAGCACCAGGGAGACAACGUCCAGGCCGGGACUGGUCUGUGAGGAAGCGGGAGGUGGAAGGGAAAGCCGCCGCCCGCCAUCGCCGGUGAGUGCGCCCGGGCAGUGGCGGUGGGUCUUGGGGCUUCCUCGGAGCGGCUGACUGCGGGCGAGGGCACGAGGGAGCCCUAUUGGUACUCGCGGAGCAGGGAAGGGUCGGGGGGCGGCUGUGCGUGGGCGGCGGCCGGUCGGCCGUGGAGGCGGAGGUGGGGUCUCCGUAGCUGCUGAGGGGGGGGGGGUCGUCGCGCCUCAGCGUCCCUCUCUCUCUCUCUCUCUCUUUCUCUUUCUCUCUCCCCCCCCCCCCGCGCCCUUGACCUUAGCCUGGCCCCUUUCGCUUCCUCAGGCCCAGCCGGCUGGCCGCUCUCCGACUACGGUGCGGCUGCUCCAAAGCUGACCCUCGGCCCUCCUCCCUCUGUUGCCUUCCCCCCGCUGGUUUAGCUGCCUCUCCCAGGCGUGCCCAAGGCCCCAAGACGUAGCGGCCGGUCGGGUAGCCAGCUAGCCAGAUUACUAGCUUUGCCCCAGGCAGCACGUAGAGAUAGGACGAGAGCUUCUUCUCGUGGGGAAUUUCUGCCUGCCGGGCUGUUCGCAAACACGACAAAGGUUAAAAACAACGCAGCGUCGGCAACUAGCGCCGUCCUCUUCUUUGGUUGCUUUCCCGCUCCUGCUCUGUUCCUCCUGGGAUUGUUCACGUCUCUCUUCUGAAAUGUAGACUUGGCUGGUUUUAACUUUGUCCCGCUGAUCAGAAAUUUACUUGCAAGGGUCCAGCAGCCACUUUCCAAGUCAGUGUACCAGGUGCUGUACAGUAUUCAGGUGACUGGGUUCCUGCUUGCUUUUCACUGAAAGCAUUCACAAAUGCAACAGAGUUUGGUUAGGAAAUGAUAGUAGGGGCACAGAUCUCCAUUAGGGCUCCACCAUGUCUUUCACCACCGUUUCUUUGUUUGCCUUGAACUCUUUGCUGAGGUGAUAUAUGUGUUGAAAAUCCACCCAACAUUCUUUACUGUUGCCCUUUCAAGUACACUGUUUGGCCCUAAACAGUUGUUGUAGAUUAUGAUAUGUAUGGAACAAGUGGUUCCUAUUUUGUGGAAAUAGGCUGGGCUGAAAACUUCAGUGUCUCUUGUACCUGUUAAAAUAAUGGAUUGUAAUGCUGUUAUAUUUAGAACAUUAAGGCUCCUGAUUGUCUUUUUGAAUGCUGUGUAGGCACUUUUUGUGGAUAGUUCUAGUGCGUUUAAGGAUUUACACUCCAUUUUUUUCGGUAUGUGCUCACUUAUUGUGCAGUUUUGUACAUGCCUGCUCUGAAGUAAGUCCCACUGAAUUCAGUGAUGCUUACUCCUAAGUAAGGAUUGCAGAGUUAAUUUUUCAUUUUUAUUUGUUAAAUACACACAUCAGGUUUUAUGGUCCCAGAAGGCUCUCAAAGUAACUUGCAGAAUUUACAAUAAAAUAAAAUGCUAAAGAAACAACUGUUUAUAGUACAUGCUGAUAUACUCAAAUUCUAAUAAUGAACCAGACAAGCAAGAAGACAGGACUUGGCUCAUGCCUACUGUUCCUUUAACAUAUUUUCACUGAACUUCAUGUAGUUGGGUUUCAACUUGGAUGACUAAACAUCUGGAAGAUGUCCCCCCCCCCCCGAAAUUGGGGGUACACCCCUAACUUUUAGGGAACUGUCAUCAUUGAAUUUUAAAACAUUAAUAGUAUUUAUAGGGCAGUCACAUUUGUGCAACAAGGAAUCAGCUCAGUUUUUGCAGCUUGAGAGCAUGCAGUGGUUUUAACCACCAUGGCGUAUGGCUAGUAGGGAGUGGUGAAUGCAUCAUUGCAUCAGGAGAAAUUUGCAUCAUUGCAUCAGGAGAAAUUUCCCACUGCCUUGAAGGAUGCAAUGGCAUGACCCCUGUAAAAGCCCUCCCUGGACUCCUUGUCAGUCACAAACCUUUCUGGGCAAGAUGCCUGAGAGGGGGGUGGCCACUCAGCUGCAAAUGCUCAUGAAAGAGACUGGUUAUCUUGAUCACUUUUAGUCUGGUUUCAGACCUUGUUUGGGACUAAAAUUGCUUUGGUCACCCUGAUAGACUACCUCUGGAAGUGAGGCAGAGUAGUGUGACCUUGUUGAGUCUGCUGGAUUUCUCAGUGGCUUUGGUUUAGUGGAGGAUAUGAUUUUGCACUGGCUGUACUUCAACUUAUGGGACAGUACUAGAAAGGUGCAGUGUUAGAAACUAAGAUAUGAAAGCCAGGAGCUAAAUGGCACCUUAAACCUAGGUUAUGGGUGCAACAACAGAAUGUCAGGCAAGCUUUUUUAAAAACAAGAAAACAAAACUGAAAAUGAAUGAACUGCAGCUAAAAUAUUAUGUUCAUUUUUCACAUGGUCUUGUCCUUCCCCUCCCCACCCGCUAAUUAUUAGCGUGUCUCUUCUCCAGUCUUCAGAGAGUAGCUGGAAGUGGGAAGGCAGAAAAAGUUCCUCCUUUCCUUCCACUCUGCAGUUUUAAUCUGAAAUCUUAGGCGCAGUGCUGUGCCCAGAGCUCAGAAACUUCUCACGCCAAUGAAAUUUCCUGUUGCAAAAUGUGCCUAGAACAAUGGGAGUUUCGAACACUGGAGGGGUGGUAUUGCAAUACGUUGCUCAUCCGCAUGGAAGUUAAUCCAUGGAGUUCUUCAGGGAAUUGAGUGCCACCAAUAUGUGGAUGACUUUGAGCUUUACUUACAUUAGUCAGUUGAGGUUGCAAGUUCUGGACCCAUUGCCUGUAAUGGGCUAGGUGAGGGCAAACUGAAUUGAAGUUGAAUCCUGCUAAGACAUGAGAUGCUGUGGCUUGUUGGUUCCAGGAAGUGGGGGAAUUACCUCUUGAUGGGAUUUCUACUGCCCUUGAAGGAGCCGGUGCAUUGACUGGGUAUACCCUGGAUACAAAUCUCUCACUGGAGGCAGAGGUAUCUUCAAUGGCACAGAGUGCCUUUGCUCAGCUGCAGUUGAUGCAGCAAAUACAACCAAAGGACAGCUUGGCCACAGUGAUUACGGUAGCAGUGUGACCAGCUGUACAUGGAAACUUGAAGAGUUCCCAAGUUUCCCUAGAAACAUGUUGGUCCGUAUGCCUGUCGCAUUAACUUCAGCAGUGGCUAAAAUGUGGGUGGUGCUAGUAAACUGACAAGUGUUAUCAAGUUUAAUUCCAUACUCUCUUGUGUCUUUUUUUGUGUGUGAUACCUGUUCUCAAUUACCUACUUUGAUUUUUUUAAAAAAAGACUUAAGUAACGUGGAGCAGAUUUAAUAAUCUUUGGGAGACCAAUACUCAUAUUUCAAAAAGAGUCCAUGCACACUGAGUACAUAUCCUGAAAGAUGGGAUAACUAUCUGUAAAAAUAAUAUAGCUCUUUGAUUUAAAACAGUUGCUCAGUUUUGAAGAUGGUUAUUGAGAAGCUGCUAACUUUGUUCUUUUCUUUCUUUUCUUUUCUUUCUUUUAUUGCCCCCCCCCCCCCGUUCUUUUCUUCUAAAACAGGAUUUGUGUUUAAAAGCAAACUUCAUUAUUUUCAUAGACUAGUUGUAUGAAAACAUGGCUCCACUGAAAUUACGUGGGACUAUUCGCUUGCGCAGCAUACAGACUGGGACUACAAAAUGGAAAGAAGGGACAUUCGAAAUAGUUGAUAAGGAUAGCAAAGUGACUCUGGCGGUUCACUACAAUGCUGGAGGAAUGCCAAAGAUAUUUCAGGUACCUCAGAAUCUCAAAGGCCUUUUGUUUUGAAGUUGUACAGGAGCUGUAUGCCUCUGAACAACUGUCCUUUUAAAGUCCAUUUAGCUGUCACUUGAACUUUCCUUAGAGACUUAUUCUUUUUUCUGCUUUCUAGAACACUGAUCCUACUGUAUUGCACUGUGAAUUAUUGAGGUGUACUGUUCAAUGUACAGUGGUACCUCGGGUUACAUACGCUUCAGGUUACAUACGCUUCAGGUUACAGACUCCACUACCCCAGAAAUAGUACCUCGGGUUAAGAACUUUGCUUCAGGAUGAGAACAGAAAUCGUUCUCUGGCGGAGCGGCGGCAACAGGAGGCCCCAUUAGCUAAAGUAGUGCUUCAGGUUAAGAACAGUUUCAGGUUAAGAACGGGCCUCCGGAACGAAUUAAGUACUUAACCUGAGGUACCACUGUGCUCGUAGAGCAAGGAUGAUUUUAAAAAACAACAACUAAACCUUGGGAGAAAAUAAUACCUAGAUGUUUCAUUAUUUAGUUAUUUAGAAUAUUUUAAUCCUAUUUUUGUGGCUCCAAGAGGCCCUCAAACUGGCUUACAAAAGAUUUUCAAUGAGAUAAAACAUUUUGGGUAUUAGGAUACUACUGGCACUGGUAAUAAAGAAAAGUUUAUUUGUUGUCUGUUUCAUUUUCUGCUGGUUAUAGUAUUGAAAAUUCUUAAUGUAGAUUCAUUGUUAGAUUAUUCUUCUGUAUACACUCUUCCCAUAAUUAGCUGUGAGUCAUAGUGGCAUUUUAGAUUCAUGGGGAUUUUGUAUCCAAGGCUACAGUCUUAUCACACUAAUCUGGGAGUAAGCCCCAAUGGCCACAGUAGCUCCUGCAUAAGAUUUCACUUCAUGUCUAGCUGGCUGCUGGUGCACAGCUCAUCUCUUUUCUUCUAUUUACAACGUUUAUAUGUAGUCUAGUCUGGAAAGAUAACCAGCAUUGCUGCUAUUGCUUUUGGGGGGAAGAAAUUCUAGAGACGAAAACAAAUUUAUUAUGGUUUAAAAGUCCUUCAUAAAUGGAAACUAAAUUUUUCUUUAGUAAGUGUUUUUUGUUAUAUUCACUAUCCUUAAUAUGUACAUAUAAGUGUUGCAAAAUUGAAAAGAGGAGCUGAGGGAAUUGUUUUUAAAAGUGUACUGAGUAGGAAUUGUUUACAGUGUGGGAUAACAUAUGAACAUGCAUAGUCUUUGUCAGUGUGAAGCAUAUUUAAAUGCAUCUUUCUUAGUAUGGAAAUAUGUAUCUUUUAAACUAUGCAUAUGAUACUUACUGUUUUACAGCUAAACCAUAAUAUAAAAAAUGUGACUGUGCGACCAAGUAGAGGGAAACUGUGUUCCUUGAUUAUAUCAUUAAAGGAUACUAGUUACCUGACAGUGGAUAAAAUAUCACCUAAGGAUGCAGAGGAAAUGAAGCAGUUUCUGGAAGCUGUUCAAAAUGGAGUUCAUACAGGUUAGUGUUAAUUAUAGAUUUGGAGUGUGGGGAAAUGACUUCACUACUUGUUUAGGCUAAAAUCAACUUUUAUAAACAAAGUCUACUGUUAGUGAAAAAAUAAAAUGCUAGUAAAACUUAUUGUAAAUACAUUUAAAAAUCAUAAAAUGGUGUAUUUUUGUUGUAGCUGUGAAAUCAUCCCAAGGGUCUGGCAGUUUUGGUGUUCUGGGCAGUAGAACCACACAGAAGGAUUCUAAUAGGCAAUUCCCAUAUAUUGAAAACCAGGUAUUUUAAUCUGUUUCUUUCUUUUCUUAUGCUCCUAUUUCUAUAUCUGCUGUAUACAAUAAAUAUUAUCUGUCCACAUAUUUAGUAGUGAUAAAUGGGGAAAAAUUGAAUUUGUGUAUUUAAUAAUCUUUAAUAUCUCCUGAUAAAUUUCAUUCCAGAAUAAAACAGCCUGUGGGCAUUCCCACCAGAUAUGGAAAAAGUCCCUUUAUUCCCACGGGUUGAUGAUUUCACUGAUCUCAAAGGUUAAAACUAUCUUAUACAGAAUACAGUAACUUUGCUUCCCGUCCUUCUGCCCCAAAUUGUUGCACCUAAGAGAGAUUAGGCAGAACCUUCUUGGUGUCUGUAGGGAAGAACAAAAGACUUUAUUAUUUCAUUCAUCUAUUCAGGGAAGACAUUUCUAAGUUCACCUUCAGUAGGUGGGUCUGUCAGCCUUGGCUACCAGUUUUGACUUCUUCCAAUCCCAGAAGGUCUCUUGUCCUGCUCAGUGUGGGGAGUAGCCAUAUUGGUGGCCUUUGACACAUAUGCUUUCCUUUUCAGAUCAAUUUAGAAUGUCACACGGGACACAUUUGGGGCAAUUGUUUCUAAAUUUUGUCUUCGAACUGGGAGGAGACAGCCCCCCUGCCCACCAAGAGUGGAGAUAGGAAGUUUAGUGUAGCCCUUCGUCUGGAGACUGAUGGGUGGAGUCACUCGCAGGAAGCUCUCCCAUCUCCAAGGAGAAGGAACACUCACGAUAAGUUCAAGGUUCCGUUUCAGGCCACUGUUCUUAAAGAAUAUAUAUUGCUUCUGACUCUGUAGCACUUGUAGUCUAGUCUGCCAAAUAAAGGAAUAGUAGUUAGAGGCCGAUUGAGACUAAAUCUGAAUACCACACCUGUAUCUUAACUUUAUUUGGACGGUAAGGAGGUGCCUCCUAAGAUCUUGUUCUUCAAACUGUUCUACUAUUCUUUUUGCUUUUCAUUUACAAUAUUCAACCCGGCCAAAGAGGAUUUCUGAUGUGAGGUGGUUACAUACAGCCAGGCAUCUGGUUAGCCUACACAGGUAAUCUAGCAGGUUCACAGUCCAUUUGGGAUCCUAUGCGUGAAUCAGUGACUGCAGCGAAGUCUGUCAUCAUGGCUACUUGAAAUAUGGCUACUGCAGUAAAAUUAUGGCAGCUGCUUAUAAAUUCUGUAUGAAAGUGCCAGUUACUACAGAUGUAAUCCAUAUACAGUGUUUGCUGGGUUGCCAGGUGGCCUGCUGAUAGCAUAUGUGCCACUGACUCUCUGAAAUGGGUCCAUGAUUUGAAAUACAGUAUGCUGUACUGAUCACAGUGUUUAUGAUUCUCAUAGACUCCUUCAAAAAAGGGGAUUGUAGAAAAUAAAGAUGAAACUCAACUUCGUAAGGUGCUUGGCAACCCAGGAAGGGCAUCCAUUAAGAAUUCUUCAGUAACUGGAACGCCUGGCUACCGAGUUACCAUUUCUAGUCCUUCCGCUGCUUCAACACCUCACAGAACAGGGCUGUUGGAAAACCGGUAUGAAAAUAAACUUUUAAGGCACUGCAGCCUUUGAUAUGCAUUCAUUAAAACAUGAAUAGCUUUGAACAUAGUAUUAGUAAACUGCUUUUCCAUGUCUUUAUUAACACUUUGGAAAAGGUACUAAAAGCUUUAACUAAACUAGCUGGGAGGCAGUUAACCAUUUUUACAUUUUAUGAUAAGGCUUAUGGAGGUUGCAUGAGAAUGUGAGUUGGGCCCGCAUUGUUUCCCUGUUGACUAAAGGAUUUCUCUCUCCCCCCCCCCCAAUAAACAGUGAAAGAAGGAAAAGGACACCACCUACCUCCGAGAUGAAUGAAGAUUACCCAAAAGAGAAUGAUUCAUCAACGUAUGUUGUUAUGGUUCUUACUUUUUAUUCCCCUCCCCCCACAUUAAUUCUGUUGAAAGAAACUCCUUAGUCUCUCUUCACUCUUAUUUCAUAAUGCCUUGCAAACAUGAAGCACUUGAAAAUAAUGCCUUGCAAACAUGAAGCACUUGAAAAUUGUAAGGAUUCAGAAAUAUGGAAUGUUGUAUGUUUUUAGUUUGGUAUGCCAGUUAAAAAUGUUCUUCAUAGUUGCCCUUCAUGGUGAUUACUGAAUGAGUGAUUUGAAUCUAAUGGUCUUUUAUAAUUUUACUAUUAAAAUGUAAGUCUAGAUUAUUAUUUUUUAGCAUCAGUGAGUGUAGUUAUGGUAUUUUUAACAAGAUGUAUUGCUGUGGUUGCCAGUGGAAUCAGUGGCAUCCUUGAGGACUUCCCCUGAGGCCCACAAAGUCUUUGUACCUUCUCCUCACUCCUGCAAACUAUAUAGAGCUUAAAAUGAAGUUAGAAGAGCAACACCCUUUCCUUUCCUUUUAAUUUAAGCUCUCUGGCUUUUCAAAGUUCUGAAGAGGCACCUAAGCAACUGAACAGAAAGAAGAGUGACUGAGUAGGAUAAAGGGAGUGUUCUGUGAGACGGGAGGGAAACCAUAACCAGAGGGGAGGCAGGAAUAUGAGUUGAAGAGAGCACAAAUGGGAAGAGUGCUGUUGCAGUCAGGUCCUUUUUGUGGACUUCUUGGAAGCAUUUUCUUGGCCACUGUGAGACCAGAAUGCUGGACCAGAUGGAUCAUCGUUCUCAUCCAGCAACACUUCCUAUGCUUUUAAGUUCUAGAUGGGAAGAAGAAAGUGGGAUCCUAUAUGAGUCAGGAGGGAGAGCAUGCCAAAGAGAAAAAGAAUGGACGUUAGAAGUAAUGUGUGUGCACACACACAAGUUGGAUCUACAAAAAUGAUUCUCUUGAAAUUGUUUUAUGAUUUUUCAGGAGUCCCCCAAACCACAGGUAUCUGUGUCCAUUCACUAAAACAUAAAAAGCAUGUUGCAGAUACGUUGCAAAAAUGUGGCUCAGAGGCACAGAUCCUUAUAAAUCAUUAUAAUUUUUACAAUGUAUCUCCUCAAAAUUACAAUCAUAUCAUAGGUCACCUUAGUGUCCAGGGGUGUGUUUCGUUUUUCGCUAUCAUAUCCUAUACACAAAUCAUAAAUGUCUAUGCCUUGGGUCAUUAUUUUUGUGGUGCUAGCAGUUUCUGGAUUUUUGACUUUGGUUUUAGUUUUUAAUUAUUGUGUGCUCUCCCAUUGUAAGCUGCAAUUUGAUGCUUUUUUUGGUAAAACCAUGCAAAUUCAAGAGGAUCCGUUUUAGUUCCACUAGAUCUGACUUACUCAGACCCUACAGAAAAGCAAAAGUGUGCUUGUACACACUGUCUGUCUGAGGGAGUGGUGGGGAGACAAGUGAGCAGAUAGGCUGGUGCACCCAACACCCUCUCAAAAUUCCAUAUGGGCCCCCAAAAUUUGACAGUCCCCGAAUAGUAUACAGUGGUACCUCCGGUUAUGAACUUACAGUGGUGCCCCACAAGACGAAUGCCUCGCAAGACGGAAAACCCGCUAGACGAAAGGGUUUUCCGUUUUUGAGUUGCUUCGCAGGACGAAUUUCCCUAUGGGCUUGCUUCGCAAGACGAAAAUGUCUUGCGAGUCUUGAGAUUUUCCCCGCUUUCCCCCUUUAUCUAAGCCGCUAAGCCUUUAAUAGCCUUUUAGCAGCUAAUCCGCUAAGCCGAUAAGCCUUUAAUAGCCGCUAAACCGCUAAUAGCGCUAAUCCGUUAAGCCGCUAAUAGGGUUGCUUCGCAAGACGAAAAAACCGCUAGACGAAGACACUCGCGGAACGGAUUAAUUUCGUCUUGCGAGGCACCACUGUAAUUUGUUCUGGAGCUCUGUUCUUAAGCCGAAACCGUUCUUAACAUGAGGCGUGCUUUUACUAAUGGGGCCUCUCACUGGUGCUGCGCCACUGGCGCACGACUUCCGCUCGCAUUCCGGGGCAAAGUUCACAACUAGGGGCAUCUACUUCCGGGUUAGCGGAGCUCGUUACCCGAAGCAUUCGUAAGGUGGACGAUACGUAACCCGAGGUUCCACUGUACCAGAGAUUUUAGGGAACUUGUAAUGGUGGUUAAUAAAUGUAAACCAAGGGAAGUGGUGUACAAUAUUGUUUUACAUAACUUAUUUAAAGUUAUAUGGGUUUAUCUGCAGCAAUAACAAAGCCAUGACUGAUCCAGCACGGAAAUUCUUAUAUAGCAGCAGGGAAAAACAGAUGAGCUUGAAACAGACUGAGGAGAAUAGAACAUCAGGUAAAAAAAUGAUACUGUUUUUGACCAUCUUGUACAAUGGCCAACUAGUUAAAACUAAACACAUUUUGUUUUUAUUUUGAAAACUGAGCUUCUAAAAGUCCCUGUAUAAUGAAAUUAUCUUUGUUCUCACUUGAGGAACAUUAGAAGGGCAAAAAUUAAAAUGUAAACCAUAUGCUUGAGGAUAGCUGAAAGCAAGGAAGUCCAAAUGAGAGUUUUAUCUUGAUAAUUGUUUAAAUGGGGGAUUAGGAGGAGGAGAGAGUGCUACGAUUGCAUAUUACAGAAAUGAGUCUGCAAUUUUUUUCUGACUUCCCACUGACUUUCCUUAUUAUUCCACCAUGGUGAUCAAUAAAUUAAUUCCCCCUGGAGAUAGUAACUAAAUUAGACAUUCCGUACUUACAUUGAAAUUUAGGAGAUAGCAUUUUAAAUUUAUUUUGAUAAACAAUGCACUGUGUCUUUUCAGUAAAAAGUAAGGCUAAAGUUGACUGUUCCAGGAGUAAUUAUAAUAUCAUCACUCAGUAGAUGUUUGCUGGAAACUAUGUUGGGGAAAGACAUGCUUCUUUCUUCUUCUGGCUUUGAAUCUGAAGUUUCCAGAUUAGCAAAGCAACCCUAAUAGUCUACAUUGUGCCUCCACAUAUAAUAUAAAAGCACAUAUGUCCUGUCUUGGAGGGUUUUAAAAUACUUUGUGUGUAAUAUAGUUACACAAACACCCACUUAUAUUGCAUAAAACUAAGCUUUCUGGCGAUUAAGUGAAGCCAUGACGUAGCUUAUAAAUCUCAUUGCUGUAGCCAAGGCAUAGAGUUUUGAGACGUGAUAAGGGCAAAAGAUUCCCAAGGUUCAUAUGAUGUGAAAUAUCUGUAUUUUGCCUAGCAGAUAUAUCCACUGCAGUAUUUUAUAGCAGGAAUGAAGCCUUUGGCAGAAACUAAUCACAGUUUAAUUGUUGCAUCUCCGUUGAAAUGUUGACUGUUGGACAGUUGUAUAGUUUACUUUCUAAGACAGUUCUUACAGAAAUUGAUUUCUUUUUCCUUUUAAGGAGUUUUGCCUUUACAAUCCUCUUCAUUUUAUGGAAGCAGAUCAUCUUCAAAGGAUUAUUCAGCUGGCAGUUCUAAUUUGGACAGGUGAGUACAGCAUUCCUUAGCUAUUUUCUUUCAAAUUCUUGGUCAUUGGAGUGCUCCAUUCAUCAAAUGGUGUAAUUCGUUCAUGAAAACAGCUUCUUAUGUUACUCUUAGCACCAUUUCAAAAGUUUUCUGCACAGGAGUAAGCAAAUCAUAAAAUGCUGGGUGCUGUGCUAAUUGAAUACAUCUAGGUGAUAUAAGAGCGCAUGCCGUGUCCUGUAUAAAUGGGUAAAUACACACAUGCAGAUCAGCCUGAAACUAGUCAGCAAGACAUUUUGGCAGACCUUUGUACCCAAGCAAAAAACCCUGUGGCUCUUGGGUUAUUGCAUCUUCCUCAUCUACUAGCUGCGACCAGGGAAGCUCCUUUUCUACAGUGACAGAAAACCUCUUGGUUGUUUAGUAUGUACAAGACUAGAGUACCUAAUGGUGCAUAUGGCUUAUGGCUGCCAUCUAAUGCCUUGUCCAAAAGGUAGUAAUCAGCCACUACAGUCAGGGAAAACCUUUAUGUUAAGCUUUCUUGGGUAGAGUAAUACUGAUUAUAGUCUACAGAAAUGUGCACAAAGGAAAACUUGGAAUGGGUGGCCAUAAUUUAGCUAGGAGGAGAUUAGAGCAGGGGUGGUAACCUGUGGCCUGCCAAAGGUGCAGCAAUAAAACUGCUAGUACAUUUGCAAAGCUAAGCAAGGUCCAGUAUAGUUUCAGAUUGGAUGCGGGGGGGGGGGGAGCGUGUUGAGAUUCUUGCAUUGUAGGGGAUUGGACUAGAUGACCCUUAGGGUCUCUUCCAGCUCUACAAUUCUUUGAUUCUAUGACUACAACUCCCUUCAGCCUCAUCCAGUAUGACCAGUAAUCACAUCCAUGGGUUAAAGAGAUAGAAAGCAGGUAUUACUUUUGCUAAGACUGGUCUAGCCUGCUUCAUUUACAACUGUGCUACAACUGUGUAUUAUGCUUCAAACUCCCAUGCCUGUGGGUUAUUCAGCAUGCUAGACAAAUUUUAUUUCUGCUCAUCUUCUGCUGGAGUAUGUUUAGCUCUGUGAGCAAUAAUGGAAGUAUUCGUAUUUUAAGUGUUUGGGGAACAGAUGGCAUUUAUUUAUUGGGGGGGUAUUGUUUUUUGUUUCAUUAUGUAUUUUGUAUUCUUCUGUUAUGAACCACCUUGGGAUCUGUGGAUGAAGGGCGGUAUACAUAUAUCAUCAUCAUCAUCAUAAUUUUAUUUCACAAUGCUUUAUUCCAAAAGUGUGAUCUUCAAGUGUAAAGUAUUUUUAAGGAGAACUUGUUAUACAUAUUUAAAAACCAUGCAAGUUGAAAAAUGAAUUUAGAAUUCUUUUUACUUCUACUUCCAGCAGGUUUAUCUAUAACAGGGAACUGGAAAUGUGUUGCUCUUUAGUGGGGUCUGUGACUAAUACUCAGAGGAGUCUUUGUAGGCUGUAUAAAUGUGAUUCAUAAUCACAUAUGGCCCUUCUGUGGAUGCAAAGCAUCCUAUGUGUGUGAGAGGAAGAGGAAGAGGAAGAAUGAACAAACAUUUUGGGAGGCUGACCACCUUGUGAUAACUUCCUUUUGACGCAUCCCCAUUCGAAGCAUCCUCAAUGCUCAUGGAAUAUGACUGCUGCUAUAUCACUGGUGGCAGUAGCUGGCAUUGUUAUUCUUGAGAUGGAUUUGGUGGCUAUUUAUCCAUCUCGCCUUAUAGGACUAAUCUGUUGAAUCAGACUCCUUCUGCGAAAAGAAGCUUGGGCUUUCUCUCUCAGCCAGCCCCUCUCUCUGUUAAAAAAAUGAGACCUAACCAGGAUUACAUGGGAUGGAACAAGCCACGUGUCCCCCUUUCCACUCACCCACAGCAGCAACUGCAAGGGUAAGUUUUUAGAUUUUCAGUAUCUGUGUGUGGGCACACUGUGUGUGCUCAGUUUAGGUAUUGGUUACAUAGAAACAAAUCCAACUUGUCAGCUUUUUCUACAACUAGAUAUCCUUCCAGCACCAUAUCUCCACGUCUUCAUUUUAAAAAACUAUUAUUCUUUGUGUUUGUGCUGUGUGUUUAACAUUAAGUUAGAGUCCCUUUGAGCAGGGGCUGCCACUUAUGUUCACGCAAACUCAGUAUUUAACAAUUUAAUAGCUUUGUAGAUUAUUAAGACGGUGAGCAAGGGCGGACCAGAGUUACCACAUUUUUCCGUGUUUAAGACUAGGUUUUUUUCCUUUAAAAUAAUGUCAAAAAUUAGGGGGCGUCAUAUACACGGAUACAUCUCCCCCCAUUUUCUUAAAUCUGAGUCUCCCCAAUCUUAUACAUGGGGGCGUUUUAUAGACAGAAAAAUACGGUACUUACAUUCUUACAACAUUCCCUGUUUUACAAGUAGGGUUUUGAAUGUAUUUCCAUCGUCCUAAAUCUUUUCCUCUUCUAUUUCCUUUUUUACCUCUUCGUCUGCAAAUUAAACAUGUGAAGUAAUGAUUCCUUGUAUUGAGGAUUGCCCAUCAGGUUUCUAGAAAAGAUCUGUGAUAAUAAGGAAUCUCAGUGUGUGACAAAUCUAUUAGUUCCCCCUCUUCUGCAUUCCUUGCAUGGUUUGUUUCAAGAGCCUUUUUGUAAAAAAGAAAAUAUUUUUUUUGUUAUGUUUAAAGAAAAUUAAUAAUAUCUUCAGAUGGAUUUGUCACAAGCAUCUUAUGGGUAGUUUGAAUGACAGUUUAUAAGAUCAUGCUUAUAGACCUUACAAGUACAGGUCUACUACUUAAGAAGCCUAAAUGGAAUCUGGGAUCUAAUUGGCUCUUAUCUAUAAACAUCAUACAAAGGUUUGUUUAGAAAUCUUUCCACACUCUGUUGUGUAAUGUUAUGAUUGUUAUUCAUUGCAUACUCCAAGCAGACAGACUCCUCCUCCUAAUCAGUGUGUGUAUGCAUGUGUGUGCACACUGUAGUCCAUAGGUAGGCAAACUAAGGCCCGGGGGCCGGAUCUGGCCCAAUCGCCUUCUAAAUCCGGCCCGCGUAUGGUCCAGGAAUCAGCGUCUCUUACAUGAGUAGAAUGUGUCCUUUUAUUUAAAAUGCAUCUCUGGGUUAUUUGUGGGGCAUAGGAAUUCGUUCAUAAUUUUUUCUCCAAAAUAAAGUCUGGCCCCCCACAAGGUCUGAGGGACAGUGGACCGGUCCCCUGCUGAAAAAGCUUGCUGACCUUCUGUAGUCAGUGUAAAAUAUCUGUGUUGGAAAUGUUCCAAUGUAACAACUGUGUCACCUUGUGCUUCUUCACAGGUUUACAAACUUGGGGAAUACCUGUUACAUGAAUGCUAUUUUACAAUCUCUAUUUUCAAUUCAAUCAUUUGCUAAUGAUCUUUUGAAACAAAAUAUCCCAUGGAAAAAAGUUCCAAACAAUGCACUUAUUAGGUAAGCACCAGCUUUGUGAGUUAAGUAAACAUUUUUUCCUAGUACAGCUUCAAAAGAAGCAUUCAGAUUUGGCGUGCUAUUUGUAACUGUUCUUGCAUAUAUUUUUGAUAAAGUUCUAUAUUUUCUAAGGUUGCUGCUUUUAUUACUGCAGUUCCUCAUUUAUUGAGCCUCUGCUCUUUCCUCUUUCUUUGCUAUGGUAAUGAAUAGAUGUGUGCAUUGUAUUGAAAAAGUUUUGCAAGCACAGUAAAUGGAUGCUUAGAAAAACAGUAAGUCAUAAGUUUCCUGGUUAUGUGGAGAGGGGCAUACCAAAGUUUGAAUAAUUAAUACAUUCCUAUAAAAAGGGUAUUGAGCCAGUCGUUUUUUUACUGCUCAUACAAGAUCCUGCUAAUAAGCAUAACAUAUUUUAUGUGAGUUGAUUUUAAAAUACAUGCAAUAUAAUGGGAAGGAGUGUGAACAAAUUUCUAAGGGUAUGUUAAUUUUGCAGAUAUUUUUAGCAUUAAACAAUGCCUAACUUGCUUUUUGACAUUUAAAUGUCACUGCAUUAAUUUGUCCAGGCGCUUUACCCAUCUACUUGCUAAAAAAGAUGUUUGUAGCCCUGAAGUAAAGAAAGACCUACUUAAGAAGGUGAAAAAUGCAAUUUCAGCUACUGCAGAGAGAUUCUCUGGUUACAUGCAAAAUGUAAGUAUUUCGCUUUCUAGCAGCUGAAGUAUUUUAAGGAGUGAUGUGACCAACUAUGGAAAUAUUGAUGCAAAAAGAGUUGCAUAAAAUUGUACAAUUUCCCACUGAAAAAUACCCUUUAAGCAUGAGAUGCAUUUGGUCCCGUGUCUGUAUAUACAUAAUGUGUGUUUUGGUUUAGUAAAAUGUUUAGUUUAUUAUUAUUUUUUGCAUUCUUUUUUUCCUUUAGCCUCUCUCUUAAUUUACUUUUGUUUGGUUAAAUUUAGAUCUUUUUUUCUGUUUUGUUGUUUUUCACCUUAAAUAAACAAAGUUGUGAUUACGUAUUGGGGGAAAUGAAAACCACAAGUACCCAGAGCUAGUAAGGAGGAGAAUUUUAGGUUUUAUUAAAACUAUGUUUUAAAACUUAGUUAUUUGGGAUAUUUGUAAUUCAAAUUGAACUGAAUAUGUGGAUUCUGGUAUGAAUGUAUUGUUUGGGACCUCACCCUCUUUAAGAAAUUGAGGGAUUAAGAAACCAAUAUAAAUUUGGUUUAUAUAUAAGAUACAUUUAAAUAAAUGUGUGAAUGGGUCUUGAAAGUCACUAUUCUAAGGAAAUGUAUACAUGUUUUUAGGAUGCUCAUGAAUUCUUAAGUCAGUGCUUGGAUCAGCUGAAGGAGGAUGUGGAGAAGCUGAACAAAACUUGGAAGACUGAGCCAAUAUCUGGUGAAGACAGCUCUCUAGGACGUAUAUCUGAUGACUUGUCAGCCACCAGAGUGUACACAUGCCCAGUAAUUGCAAACUUAGAAUUUGAAGUUCAACAUUCUAUCAUAUGUAAAAUGUAAGUAUUUUAACAGUUUUCCCCCCUUGUUUCAUUGUUCUACGCUUCUGUCUCCUCCUUUCCUUUUCCUCUGCUCCCCCAAAAUCUGCUCCAGAAGUCAGGGUGGGUGGGAAGAGGAAUUCCAUCACAUCCAUUGGGGUGGUGCUGGAUCUCAUGCCUAGAGAGCUAUACCAUCUAUGCUGCUGUCAUGUAAUACCCAUUACUACUAGGCAUUCCCUUUGUAAUUCUAGCUCUUUUGCCCCAAAUGAUAAAUACUUUUCUACUUUUCUCCCACCCUUCUUUUGUAAUGUUAAAAACAACUACUUCAUUUUAAUAAGUGCUACUGUUGUCAAAGAAGUUGCAGUUUGGACCUCUUUUUGAUAUCCUGUUCUAUUUUUUAAUGUUUAUUUUGGUUUUUAUAAUAUUAAAUAAAGUAACUACAAAAUACAGCAAUAUAGAAUUCCUAUUAAUAUAAAUUACAUGUUUCAUUGCUUCAAUUACAUAUCCUCUUCUAUCUUUGGUAGUUAAUUCAGUGAGACUAUUUCUCUUACCUCUUCCACUAAAUAUAUGCCAAAAUAUGUAUUUAUUUAUUCUACAUGGUUUUUUACAGACUGGUAUUACAUCUUUUAUGUAAUGCUUAUUCUUAAGAUAUCUGAGUAUGACUCAUAUACUCAGAAAUUUGGAUAUAUUUAUGAGUUACUAAUACAACUUGUAAUGAAUAGGGAAUAUGUGGGUAGACUAAAAUACACAAGGACAUUUUUUUUUCAAUGCAGGUGCGGUGAAACAGUCACCAAACGGGAGCAGUUUAAUGACCUUUCAAUUGACUUUCCAAGAAGAAAAAAACUUCAUCCGUCUCGAUCUAUCCAAGAUUCCUUGGACCUCUUUUUUAGGGUAUGCAAUAUACAAGGCUUUUUAAUAUCAUUCAGCGUAUCUUUGAUUAACAGAUCCUCCCCCCUCAUCUCACCAUCAAAGUGUCUGAAUACUUCUUGCUAUCCAUUCUUUUCUUCAUGCAAAGCUAAGGAUGAAUGCAUAGAUUUGCAUGGGUUCCCCAUCAGCUCUAAGUGAAGACCUAUGUCCUUUGUAGGAAUCACUGUUUGGUCAGGUGUGGUGCUGGCAUUAGUUGAACAAGACUCAAAAUAUUACAGAAGCCCAAGCUUCUGCAGCAAUAAUCUGUUCCAUAUGUUAUGAUUUAUUUAAAUAUUUAUAAGCCACAAUUUUCAUAAAAGUACAACAUGAUAGUAUAUACCACAUACAAAGUUGCAAUAAGAUCAGUAAAAGCAUUAAUAAAAACUGCUAGGGUGAAAGAAAUCUGCAUUUUGAAGGCCUGUCUGAAUAGCACAGUUUUCAGGAAACACCUAAAAGUAGGCUGGGAUGAUUCCUGACAAGUCUAGCAAGGAAAUCCAUAGGGCCUGCCACAUUAAAAUCUUGGUUCCUAGUAAAGGCCAACUGAAUCACAGGGGCAUGGGGAGCCACCAGAAGUGCCCAUCAGAGGAUCUCAGUGAUCCAGGUAGAGCACGAGGAACUGGAUGGUUUUUAAGUUACUUUGAGUCUAAGUAAUUUAGGCCUUUGUGAAUUAUGCACGGAGAUGGGGAGUGGAAUGAGAGAGAGAGAGUCAAUGAAAAUUGGUAUAUAAAUCUACCUUUGACACUGGGUGGCCAAGUACAGGAGAAGUUGCCUUUGGUUAGGAAUAUUAGAAUCAUUUGUCCAGUUUUUGUGUUUGAAUCUCGGAUAAGCGACACUUCUCCAAGUAUAUUGUAGUACUUACUUUGGACAAUAGCGCAGAGAACACAUAUUGAGAAGAAAUAACUUUAUUAUUCUACACUGCUCAGCUUUGACCCCACACUUGGCAAGGCUACCUUUCCAAAACUAAGCUUAUUUGUCUCACUGUUAUUCUAAUUAUUUAUUGAAUUUAUAUACCUCCCUAUACCCGGGGGUCUCAGGGUGGUUCACAGAAUAGUUGGAACCUUCAAGGCAACUUAUGUAACCAUUUAGAGACCAGUAGCAAAAUUCUAACCAACAAUAUCUAACACAUAUGCUUAUCAGACCUCAUCAGUAUCUAGUCACAUUAAUGAAUCCUUUGCUGCAGUCAUGUGCACAUUUACCUGGGAGUAAACCCCUUUCAAAGCAGAGCAACUGCUGAAUGAAGAUGCAUGGGUUUGUACUGAUUGAUAGAACAAAACACUUCUUUCAGUGCUGCCAUACUGUUGGGUUUAGUCAUAUAUCUGAGCUGAUUAUAGUUCCCAUAAAGCUGGAGUCCACAGGGUAGCCUCUGCGCUAGACAGACACCAGCCUCCCGCAGAGCACUAUAAUCAAUGUGAACCAUACAAUUUAUUUGUCAAUUGCAUUCUGAAAUAGAAAGUGGGUCUCUGCACUUCUGAGAUAGACAGUUACCUGUUCCUAAAAUAAGGUUUGAUAGAUUACAAUCCUUGUAUUGCAUUCAUUGUUUGUAUUAUGUCUCUUAGGCAGAGGAGAUAGAAUAUUCUUGCGAGAAAUGCAAUGGAAAAUCUGCUCUUGUUACACACAAAUUCAGUCGGUUUCCCAGGUAGGUAUAUGGUCUUGGUACAAAAUUGUAUGAAAAUACUAGUAACUUUCAGGAUAUAUAGAAGAUGAACAAAAUGAAUGAUGGGUAAAAGUUUAAUAUUGGUUUAAAAGUGGCUGCCUUGCUCGAUUGUAAAUGUAGAACAAAAUAAUGUUAGCCCUGAAAAUAGGAGUUCAGUAGAUGGCCUUGAGGAUGCUUUAUAGCAUCCCUGUUUGACAGAAGGGACUUGCAGCUGCAGAAUUCUCAUUCUAACAAAAAUUGUGGCAUACUUUGAUGCUAGAUGAAAAACUAUAUAUUCUCAUGACCUUUCCCACCCACACAGUUUUAUUACGUAUUGAUAGCAAGCUGGGGAAAGAGACCAGGUCUCUGUGUUGUGGGAGAAGUAUUCUGUCUGGGAAUAAACAACUCCUUUGUAUCUUUGUUAAAAAGACAUUUAUGAAGUUUCCAACUGUUUUUGUGUCUUGAAGGGUCUUGAUUCUUCACCUGAAACGGUACAGCUUCAAUGUGGCACACUCCCUCAAUCACAAAGUUGGACAGCAAGUGGUUAUACCAAGAUUUUUAACCCUGCAGUCACACUGUACAGAAAGCACAAGGUCCCCACUUAAUCUGGGGUGGAGUGCACAGUCAGCAAUGUAAGCUACGCCUUUUAUUCCUCCUUUACCUACAAGCCUACAAACAUCUUUGAAAAACUUCAUGAUAGAUACUUUUCUUUAGGAAAAGGUUGUGAUCAUUUCCUUUUUAUAUUGCGUUUGACCAACUUGAUCUUAGAGGUUUGACUCAGUUGUCCUGUUCUGCAGGUCGUUCUCGCUGGUCUGUGACUUCUAGGGCAUAACAAGGAACUUGAAUAAAGUUAAUUGAGGGUGCUAGUGGGGGAUUGCUUAAGAAUGAGGAUAACUAUAAAGUGUACAUUUGGAAAAAUGAGUUAGACAGGAACAGGCUUCAGCAGUGCCCUACUGAGAACCAUUGCAAAAAGUGUAAAGGGAUAAGGUAUUUUAACAUAUAUUUUGUAGCAUUGUAUUGUUAAUCCAGUGCAAAGGUUUCUUGUCACAUUUUUUUAAAGAUAUAGACUAGAGUUUGGGGUCACCGUCAGAAUGGUCAUGCAUAGUUGGCUUUCAAAUGUCAUACAGUAAACACCUGCUUUUGUUUUAAUUAGCUCUCGACCACUGAAAGUAUCCCAAAUGGUGAAUUCCUGUUCUGCCAGCAUUUUCACGCCCUGUCGGUAAGUAACAGGUUUACAUGGCUAUGGAACCUGCAGUGAAUAAGUAUACAAAAACAACCCUGAUUCUCCUCACUUUUUUAUUGUACAUCCUUGCUUUUAUAAUCAGAUUAAUUCUGUGUGGGGAUUAGCGAGCAGGCUGAAGCAUGUUGGACAUUUGGUAGCUAUAUUUUCUCCACUUGGUUAAAUUGUAGAUAAAAGUAAUAUUUUACUGCUGUAGCUGUUUCAAGCUAAGACCCUGUCUGAAGCAAUCCCAAUUGUCUGACAAAUUGUUUCUCCUCUCUGUGGGAAUGAGCCAUGUUCCUCUUCGCCCCUCCCAAAUGCACCUGGCUUCAGCAAAACAUUUUGGUUUCUUAAUGCACAGUUUUCCAAGCCGACUGACCCAGCUCAUUUCAUAUUCAUAAUGACAAUUGAAAAGGAUGUGUCAUGUAUUUUAUAUGGGUUACACUGAAAUAGUAAAUUUUAGCAUGAAGCAUUCUAUGAGCAGAUCCACACCGUACACCUAAAGCAUGUUUACUGCGCAUGGCUUCCCCCAACAAUCCUGGGAACUGUAGUUUGUUAAGGGUGUUUGGACUUUUAGCUCUGUUUGUGAGGGAGGAAUUACAGUGGAUUCUUUGGGGAAGGUCAUUUGCUUUACACGUAUGAUGUGGAUUUGCCCUGUGUAUAUUAUAUCCGAACCAGUUCAAAAUUGCUGAGCUGGUUACCAAACCAUUUUUUAAAAAGUUGUUGAGUGACCACCAUCAACCAUUAGUGACUUGGAAAAUGCCAUUGAACCAGACGGAAGUUUGUAAUCUUGGUGCUCAAGAGCUGCAGGAAUACUAAUCCUUACCUUGUGCAGAACAUUCUAAAUGUGGAUUAAGAAAUUUUUAGUAUCUUAUUGUUAAGGGUCGAUGUUACCUGAAUUGUAGAAUUGCUGUAGGUUGGUGGAUUUAUUUGAAUUCGUGUAUUAAAACUGUAUAGCUGUUAUGUGAAACCUCCUUUUUUAACCUGAUGUUAUUUGUCCCUUCAAAGGUAAGGAAUAAAGGUUCUGUGUUUACUUUUCAGAAAGUACUCGUUCAAGUUUAAAUGUCCUAAUCUAAGCACCCUGGAUUCAGACAGUGAAGAUGAACCGCUGAAACGUCCCGUUGCAAACAGCCAAAAACAAUGUGAUUUCCAAAGCAGGGAACAGCAACGAGAAGAACUAGAGAAAGUAAGGAGAGGGUUAGGGGCAGGGGAAGCAAACACGCUCUGUGACCUGUCUUCCCCAAUCUAGUACUCUGUUACCUGUCUUCCCCAAUCUAGUGCUCUUCAUAUACUUUGGGCCACAACUUCCAUCGGCCCCAGCCAAUAUAGCCUAGUUGGGGGAGCUAGAAGUUGGAAUACAAAACAACUAGAGGACAUCAGAUUGAGGAAAGCUGCUUUAUUGCCCAUAAGCAAAGCUGAUGAUUGAGAAGACAGGAAUAGGGAAAAGUGUGCUCUUGUUCUGCCUGUCUCUGUGUGGGUGUGCACAACUGUGAAAAGCUAUGGCGGGUGCCAGCCCAGUUGGAAACAAAUGGCAUUAAAGCCUGAAGAGGAAUGAACAAUCCAGGUCCAUAAAACGUGGUUCACAUUGCCAGACAUCUCAUUGCUGGUACUUUCUGGCUCUUUUACACAUUCUUCUUUUCAUCUUGAUCUGCUUUGUGUGGAGAGAUUUUCAAACAUUUGAAGUGGCUCGUGGACUGGUGUAAAUACUAGAGUAGUUCCAAAUAGCCAUAAGUUGGUGUGGACAUGCACUGAAAAGAUACACUGCAGUGUAUGCAGCAAUGCAUCAGGUGGUAACAAAUGGAGAAGCCCUUCUCAGGGCGUAACUGUGCCUCUUCAGUCCUGAAAACCCGACACUUGUAGAUCUGGUGAUCAGAGACAGUUUUGGCUCUCAAGAAAAUGUCGCACUAGUUUUGUGAGUGGUUAGCUCAGCCUCUGUGGUAGUCAUACAUACCCAAACCAUUGUGCCUUUAUCACCUGCAGGGUUCAAAGAAAAUCAAAACAGAGAGUGAUAAGGCUUCAGAGCCAACAAAUGCUGGCUUUGAUGGAAUGAGUGAGGAGGAACUUCUAGCAGCAGUCCUGGAAAUCAGUAAGAGGGAAACAUCACUGUCGCUGAGCCAUGAUGAAGACAAGCCCACAAAUAGUCCAGACACUGGCUUUGGAGAUGAUGAGCUGCAGGAAUUGCCAGAUCAUAUGGAACCUAUGGAUGUGGAGAAGCCCAAAGCACUUGCAGAGCCAGGUAAAAGUAACAUUUCAAACAGUUUUUUUAAAAUAAUAUCAUUUUUCUACAUUUCGAAAUCAUUUUACAAACUUUAAAAUAUCCAAUGACUUCCCUUCUUCUCCUUCCAUGGUUCAUAUUAUAUAUAAUACUUUCCUGCAUAUUUUACUAUAACCAUUCAAAUCAAUUUUCCACUUUUACAUUGAUCAAAUAUUGUUUGUUGAAUUUAUCUUCAUGCUGCCAGCGUUUUCAGCUGUGUACAAUUAUUUUCCAUAUAUUCAGUAAACAUUUUCCACUCUUCUUUAAAUAAAAUCCUUUAUUAUUUUAUUCACAUAAUAUACAUUCUUUACAGCAAACAACUCCAAAAUAAGCAGACAACCUUUCUAAAAAAAAAUUUAACUGCUCAUCCAUGUUUUUGACCAACAUUUUAGUUUUGUCUGAAUUUAUUUUAAACCUGCCACUUGUCCAAACCUUUUAAUUUCUUCUAGCGGUUUGGGAACGCUCUCCAAUGGUUGUUUCAAUGUUAACACCACAUCAUCAGCGAAUGCCCUUAAUUUAUAGACUCUACAUCCCACUUCAAUACCUUUCAUUUCUCCUUAUAUUCUCAAGCAGUAUUUCUGACAUCAAGAUAAAUAACAAUGGAGAUAGGGGACAACUUUGUCUGGUUCUUUUUCUUACUUGACAUUUGUCUGAGAGAAUAUUAUUUACUAAUAUGAUGAGAGUUACCUGUAGCUCCAUAAAUCUAUUCUGUUCUCUGGAGCAGAUUUGGGGAGGGCACAGGGAGAGGAAGUAGAAGGUUUUUUUUAUGCAAACACAAAUCCUUGCAGUAACAGAACCAUUUUGGAUACUGUCCUAUGUUGAUCUUUUUACAUGUAAAAAUAUGGCUAUCCAUUUUAAGUUCCACUUUUAUUAUAAAAAUAAGCAUAGGUUACUUAACUGUGUUGGCUUAUAAUUGGAAAGGGAAAAGAAGACACAAAGAAGACAACCCAUGUGGAGAAUCAUGCAAAAAUUGUCUUCUAUUUCUCUUCAUUCUUAGAAACUUAAUGUAAAAAUAAAAAAUGGGAAUACCAAAUUAAAUCAGAAGUCCAGAAAGGCAAAAUUUAGGGCGAGCUUGGUUUCUCAUGCUGCAUAUUUCAGGCACAUAGGUGCAAAUAAUCUUUGCUCAGUGUGAUUUUUUUUUAAAGGUGUACAAUAAAAUACUUAAUACUACUCAUUUUUAAAGGCUUGAUCAAGUGGGAAAACGUUCUUCACUGCAGAAAACACUCCCCCCCCUUGACAGAAUUCAUCCUGAAAUACCAGUAGAUGUCACUCUGCUCCUGAGACUUGAGUAGAAUGAAAAGGACUUAGCUGGUGACCACCAAGAAAAGUUCCCCCUGCAACUGCUGCUAAAAACAAAAUUAAAGCAUCAACGUGGUAUUUUUGUUUCCAUAGGUUUUGCCAACUUCCCUGAGAUAACUAAAGAUUUUGAUGAGAAUAAGGAAAAUAAAACUCCGGAAGGCACUCAAGGGGAGGUUGAUUGGCUGCAACAGUAUGACAUGGAGCGAGAAAGAGAGGAACAGGAGCUACAGCAGGCUUUGGCUCAGAGCCUCCAAGAACAAGUAAGAGCCAAUGCUCUUUCACAAGCACUUGGAAAUCAAAACAGCCAACCAGAGAUUCCUUCUCUGGUGAUAGGAAAUCACAGGGAACAGUUAGUGUCUCCUUUAAGAAGACGUAUAAGAGGGGUUAUUUUAGCCUGCUCCAUAACAUGGUACAAGAGACCUUUGUUUACUAAUCUUUGGCGGGGGGUGGGGAGCAUUGAAGAGCUUUUGUAAAGUUGGAUUUGAAAGCUUUCAUGAAUACUUUCAAAUUGAUGAGCUGAAUAGGCACAGUAGUGUUUAGGGAAACUUUUAAUGUUUGAUUCAUUACUGUAUUUUAAUAUUUUAUUGGAAGUCGCCCACAGUGGCUGUGGAAGCACAGCCAGAUGGGCAGGAUAUAAAUAAUAAAUUAUUAUUAUUAUUAUUAUAGUCAUUGGGAAUUAUUGUGAAUUAUGAGGGGAAAUACCCUAAAAAUAAAAGGGUUUGUCUUAUAACUGCCCUGAUUGAAGUAAGUGAGAGGGCUUUUGGGGAAUACAGAGCCACCUACCGAUGAAAUCUGUUUUUUGUUAAGCUGCAAGCACUGAUACUCUUAGAAUUCUUCUUAAAUGCAGUAGAUUUUUCCAUUCUUCAUUAAUGGCUUGUGUCCUCAUUUAGCUUUAGGCAGAGAGUAGCAUACGCUUUGCUACAUUGUGGGAAAUUUUGUUCAAAACUAUUGUGCUUUGCAAGCAGUUCACAUUCAUUUCAAGACUUUUCAAAAGAAAAGCUGUAGAGAGCUUGUUGUGGCACUUGGGGACUUGCUGUGUUGCAUACCAAACUUGAGCAACUUAAACAACCUUUUAAUUAAGGCUGGCCCUGUGGAACAUUUGGGCUCUGGCUGGUCUCAAACGUGCCUGCACAGGGAAUUAGGUUUGUUGCAGAAACUGGAGUUGCAUAGUUCUCAGUGGCAGUAACAGAACCUAUAAAAAGAACAGGAAGUGUCUCAGUGAACUAAGUUUGGUUCUCUACCCCAGCAGGAGGCGCGGGAACAAAAAGAAGAUGAUGACCUUAAACGAGCCACUGAAUUAAGUCUGCAAGGUGAGAUGUACAGGAGAAAAUAGGGAUGAGUUUUCAUAUCAUUCCACAAUUGCUCACAGUACUUGAAAGGAAGCUGGUAUUUUGUUCUUUGCCUCAUUUGUAUUACUUUGUGCUCUAGUCCUUCCAGUUUAGGUUCAAUAUAAAAGCACAUUCAGCUGGUAAACUCUGAAACACAACAUGGAGAUCAGUGGAAUUGUUUUAUUAUUCUUUCUUUUUUUCCUCCCUUGAAAUUCCUCAUUUUCUGUCAGAGAAUCCUCAUUAAGUUCACAUUCCAAUUUCAUUUUCUGCAAAUUUUUGGCAGCAACUCUGCUUAAAAGCCUUUGUAAAAUGUAAAUGGUUUAAGCUCUCCCCCAAGUGAGUUUUCUUUGCCUUCCAAUGAAUACAACGGGGGAAAAUGUGUUUGUUUGGUAGACAGUUAUAGGACAUAAAGGAAUUGACUCAUAUCAUUGCUGCAUGAAAGCACAGAUAGUUAAGAGAUGCAAAGUACUGGUUUUCUACUGAAGGCUUUUGCUACUAGAGAGAGGUAGAUACAAUGCUGUUAGGAUUUGUGGGCGUAGCAGAAUGCUCUAUAGGCAAUCAUAGCUUGUUUUCUGUGGUUCCUUCUCCCUUUCAGUUUGUUCUGCUGACCAACUGUACUGUGCCUUGUAUGUAGGCUGAUCUGUGAUCCACCAAUCCUGACCUGUCUUACCGAGUCAGUGGUAAAAAUGUGAAUGUCAAAUUUCCAAAUCUGUAAAACUUAACAACAUGGGGUUUAAUCCUGGUUUAGGUGAUCUACAGCAAAAGCUAUGACAAGUGGCAUAACUUUCAUUUGCAAGUAAUUAACUCAAAGCAGAACUUUUUUAUUUAGCAGUAAGCAGAGUUGGCUUCAGAGUAUUAUUAUUGCGAUGAUGGUGGUGGUGGUGAUAGUUCUGUGAAAACUAAAGCGGAAAUGUUACAGAACCUCAAAGCUUAAAAUUUCCCACUACUUAGAAAAAGUUGCAUGUAUUUUGCUCAGUCCAGCAACUAUUAAAUUUCUAUAUUUUGAUCACUUCUUGCCAUGAGCUAAGAGGCAAGAUGCUAGCACACUAGUUGCAUUCCACCUUUUAACUGGAGCAGCAACAUUUGAGAGCAGUACCUCAAUGAAGCCUUAAAAGGAUGUUUCUUUGCAUAAAAUUGAAAAUACAGAAACUAUUUGCUGUGUGUAUAUAGAAUAUUUACUUGAUGCCCAUUAUUACAGUGCUUUAUUUAGCAAAGGAGAGGGAAAUAUUUUGGAUAAAUGGUGUGCUGGUAUAUUGUCAGUUUUGUGAUAUGCUUAUGAUCAAGGGUCUUACACAGUAUCAUUUUCAUGGUGUUUAGAGUUUAACAGCUCUCUUCUGGACAGCCUUGGCUCUGAUGAGGACUCUGGGAAUGAGGAUGUUCUGGACAUGGAGUACUCAGAAGCAGAAGCUGAGGAAUUGAAAAGAAAUGCUGAGGUGAUGGUCUGGGCUAUUGGGAGUAGCUCCCAUUUUAUUACCAUACGUGGAGUAAAAGCAUAUAGAAAUGCUUACGGGGAGCUUUUCUGUUUUGAUGGUUCAGGUUGUUUGGUAUGAUAUCUUUAGCUAUCUUUGAGACUGUUUGUAAAGUUCUCUCAGUGGGUGGUGUUUGAGACUUGGGUUCAAAUGCCUGCCUCAUCAUUUGGAUGAGUUACUCUUCCUCUUGGAGAUGAGGGUGGAGAAAUAGUGAUUUCCCUUUAGGGAGAAGGAUGGAGUGGGGGAAAUGCACAUCUUGAUUUGUUGGCUAAGCAGGGGUGGGGGGACUUGUGGCCUUGUAUAGAUUGUUGAACUCCAGUUCCUAUCAGCUCUAGCCAGCAUGACCAGUGGUCAGAAACUAAGGGAGCUGUAGUGUAGCAAUGUCUGGAGGACCACAGGCUCUGCAUCCCUGGGUUAAUUAAGCUGGUAUUUCAUGCAGCACAGUAAUUACAUUAUUGGUAAGAUAAGUUUCUUAAUUGUGAAGUAAUCAUACAAGCACCUGUUUAGUAUUAUGUUGAAGUUUUGUUUUGUUUGUUUGCUGUAUAAAUUGAAAAGGUUAUUUUUAUACUCAAAGGAAAAGGUUUUACAAGCCCAUCAACCUGCAUUCCUAAAACCCAAUUUUUAACAUAGUGAAGUGUGACAGUAACUAGCCUUCCCUUUUAGAGAAUGCAGGCAAACAAUGAUUUUUCCACUGUUCCUUCAUACAUCUUGAAUAUUGUUGUAGAGAUGUUUGAGACAGUCUUCUUCCUCACAAUUUUCUGGCUAUUGUGCCUGUUGUAUUCUGUUGAUGUUUCAGAAUAGUUUCUUUGUGCUGUCUCUCCCCCUGCUGGUUUACACAUGCCCUCUAGGAAAUCUUCCUGUUAGUGCAUUGUAGGCUGUGACCUAGGUAACACCCAGUAAGGUCAGAGUUUCCGUACUGAGCCUUUUGGAGCUCUGCAUUGGCACAUUGAUGGCAUUCCAGUUUCUGGGGUUUUAACAAUGAUGAGAGCUAGUUCAAAAAUGAGAGGAAGUUAAGGCUGUAUGUUCUCUGCUCCUGAGUUACCCGUAAGCUUUGACCUGAGCAAAUUAGCAAUAUCUCAAAAGGUUUGCUCCAGUGUUUGGCGCAAUAAAGAUUUUAUGGUAGCUAAACCAUAAUCUACCUACCUUUCUCAGCCUGGUAGAAGAGCAAACUUAAACUAAUAAUUGACUUUUUCCUCAGACAGGAGAGCUGCCCAACUCCUAUCGACUCAUUAGUGUUGUCAGCCAUAUUGGAGACACUUCCUCCUCAGGUAAGGCAAACAUCACUUCCUUGAUAGCUCUGCUCUCUACAGGAAAAGUGUGUCUCUUGUGUUUUUUCAGCAACCAAAACCACAAGGGAAAAAGAAGAAGAUUGUUAAUAUUUCAUUUUGUGUGCGUGGGGGGAAAAAUCAGUUUUCCCAGAACCAACAGGGUUGUUGCCUAAAUUCAGCAAUUCAGUUAAGCUCACUGAAGCCCAUAGAAAUAAUUAUCCAAGAGAAACCAGCUAUUUUAAGUGGAAUUCAUCUUGCUAGUUUAAAUCAAUCAUUUUCAAAAUAGCAAAAUGCAGUUUGUACUAGGGAGUGUUAUUGUCUUUCAGUUUAUUAAUUAAUAAACAAAUUGGCUUGAAAAUACUUCUGAUACUUAAUGUAGUCUGGAAGCUACAGUCUAUGGUGUUCUAAGAUUUUCUUUCUCUCUCUCCCCCAUCAUAUUGAAGGUCACUAUAUUAGUGAUGUGUAUGACAUUCGCAAGCAAGUAUGGUUCACAUACAAUGACUUGGAAGUAUCCAGAACUCAAGAAGCCUCUGUGCAGAGUGACAGAGACCGGAGUGGCUACAUCUUCUUUUAUAUGCACAAGUAAAUGUACUUUAUGUGUCCUCCCCAAAUGGUCCAAUCCUUUUUUAUUUGCAUUUGCAUUUCCUACCCCUGCUCUACAGCUUUGCUUCCCCAUUAAAAGCUUUCCUUCUUCUUUGAUGUGAACCUCUUUUGUGUUUCCCAGGGAGAUAUUUGAUGAGUUGCUAGAAACGGAAAAGAAUAUGCAGCUGCCUUGCACGGAGGUGGGGAAGCCAGUUCGGCAGCCCAUUUGAAAAACGUCGCUUUAACUGAGCACAAGUGAUUUCUGAACUUUUGCCUGACAUGCAAGAGCCACAAACCCCCGAGAACUCAGGGCGUAGUUGAGACAACCCCAUGGAAUAGGAGGAAUGGACCACUUCACGCCUUCCUUUUGAAUUUCAACCAUGCAGCUAAGCUUCUUUUACCUGGAGUUUCCUUCUUAUUCUUUUGUUUUAAAUAGUCAAGAAAUAAUUGUGCCAGCAGCCAUGGUGUUAAUCAGGCCAGAGGAUUUAAUGGCUCCUUCAAAAACUCAUAAAAGGAUGGUGUGAGAAGCGACUUCGAGUUCGCCCAUUUACCUCUCACAGGGAAACUGAGAAGAUGCUACAUAUUGGGUGGUUUUCUAUGCCUUCCCUACACGAGAGCAAAAUAAGCAAUAGUCUCAAAUCUGGUAAAUAUUGUGUACAUAACGUGAAUUGGAAAGUGCUGAAGGCUGACUCAGCUAAAGGCUGACCCUGGCAUUGCUGAAACUGGGACACCCAUGGUCUUUAAUACAGGAUCACACAGAUCCAGGAAACAAACUGUCGGUGCUUUGGAACCCAUGGAUUACAUCUUCACAUAGUUCACUUUCGUCCUUGUUUUUAAAGUUAAAAUAUAUACUAUAUAAAUAUAUAUAUAUAUAAUUUUUAAAGUUUUUAUUCUUUUUUGACUGUGUUCUUUUCUAAGUACUGCCGUUUGCAGAAAGGUUUUAUUUCUCUGUGAGCAUUUGUGUGUAUAAUCUGUAUUAGUCUGUGUAUAUAUAUCUAGAUAUAUAUUAGCUGUGUUUCACUGAAGACUGUCCCGGUUUGGCAAUGAGAGAGGCAGCUAACUGGAAGUGCAAGUCCUGGCUUUUGGCAGGCCUUUUUUUACCAGUGCCCAGCUAGUGCUAAUCAGUAAAUGAAGCACGAACGAGAGUUCUGUUUUCCCUGUGUUUGUGUUGGCUUUCAGCCCUGAAAAACUGCACGUGCUUGAAAGAGGGGUGUGUGUGUGUGUGUGUGUGUGUGUGUGUGUGUGUGUGAUAUCCCAGCUUUACUCUGUUGGGCAAGAGUUGUAUGCCAACAGAUGAAAUAUUAAAAUGUACCUGGAUUUAUUCUAAUUGUGUGGUAAGUGCAGUUAAAUCAGUUGAAAAAAUCAGAGAACUCUCAAAAGUGGUUAUUUGAUGUUUUCGAGACAUUUCAGGGUGUAGAUGUUAGGGUUUGGUUAUUUAAUAGUAUUUGGAUAACACUAAAUUCAUUUUGUAGCUUGUUUGACAAAAAGGACGAACAAGAAAAAUACUAUCUAGAAUUAAUUUGUUUCAGUUCCUCAUUUUAAUACUGGAAAUUUAUUCCAGUUUUUUCACUUUUGUGGCAAUAAAAUUGCUAAUAAUUGAGGUGCCUCUUGGUUUGCCCCUAACUCAGACUUUUCUUUUGAAAAGGUUAACAGGUGUUGAGAGGGUUGUCGUCCCCCCUUCUUGACAAUUGUUUUUAAUUACAAUUAGAACUUCCUAAGAAAUAUAAUCCUUUGACUAGAAGACACAAACCAUGGGCAUUAGUAGGCAACAGGUAUUACCUGUUGUGGAAGGAUUUCCCUGCCGGGCUUAUAGAAUUACAGGCUGUGUUAGGCAACUCUGAAUGACAUUUGCUGUGUCAAGGGUAGUAGUAGGGUAAUAACUUUAUCAUUUGCUUGGCUAAUCUGCCAAACCAAACAAAAGUUCUCCCAAGUCAUACUGCCAAAAGCAUAGUGUUUAAAUUUAUUCUAUCAUUGUGAUUUUGCACUGUUGACGGUCAGAGUUAUUUGAAUGUGCUUUUUAGUAAGGAAUAAGGGGUUUUUCUUGAGGUGUAAAAGAGGAGCCUCAAAAUGAAAUACUGUUCUGGAGUAAGGCUGUACAUCUCUUCCUGAUUCUGAGGUAGUGCUGUCCAUCUCCUCCCCCCCCCCCCGAAACUCCCAGAUAAAUGCAUUAAGUAGUUGUCAUGACACCUACAGGUUCAUAUUGAUAGCAUGGUCAAGAUAAAUUAACUCCCAUAUUUACAGGCAAAACAUUAUAGGUAGGUGUCAUAAUAAGACAGUAUAGAGCAUCCAGGUUCAGGUGCAGAGUCAUCAGAAUUGUCAGGAAUGUGGACUCAUUAGAGCAAUCAUAUGUUUUUGCUUCAUCUAGUAUUGAGAAUGCAAUUUAGCCAGAAGUGACUGUAAGCCAGUGAUUAUGUCAAGCUAUGGCAACUUUCUAAAUAGUUUUUUGCCCCCUAAGGUGAAAUGUGCUGGCAAGGAAGGUACUAUCUAGUGCUCCCUCUAUAUAUGUAAAUUUACAUUUACAUCCUUGUUGGCAUUUGCAGUCCAUUAAAAUCUGUAGAAUGUGUUGUGCGAGGGAGAUUCUAAGCCCAAUCAGUUUUUAUUGUCUACUGUUUUAACAUGAAGUGCUGAAACUGUGCAAGAGUGCUGAAACUGUGCAAGAGUUUAAGUUUGUACAGUUUUCUCAGCCAUUCAGGAUUACAUUUAGAACCAAAUUUUAAGUAUGUGGUUUAUAGGAUCUUGUACUAUAGGUAAUCUUGAGAAAUACAGAAACUUUGGGGACCUAAACAGCAGUGGCUUACUGCUGCUGUUUAGAAUCCUGUUGCCUGCUAAAGGGAAGGUUUGUUUUUAGAGCAGUGUGAUAUGUAACUUUCUGAGACAUUCUUGGUUUCAAAAGAAGGAAGCAACUAAACAUGAGUUCACCCAAUAGAAUUUAUAGUUUGGUUCAUGCCUGCAUAUUUUAAACCUCACUUUUCUACAUUUGCCCUAUUUUUGCUGUAUUUUUCUGCUAUAUUUACUUUUUGAUAAAGAAAAAUAGCCAUAUAUGUGUUUGCACUAAGUAACUAAACUCUCCAUAACCUCCACCCCUCCCCAACAAAUCCUGUAUAUAGCUGGAUUAAUAAAAUAGCUCAGGUCGUUUGCUAAAGAAAACUUUAGAAAUCACCAUGCACCUAUUUUUUAAUGAAGAUUUUUCCUUAUAUAAAAAAAGCUUGUUCUUUCUAGCCAUGGGCUAGAAAUUGAAAACCUAAGCAUGCAAAUAUAGGGCAUUAGGCAUCAGUGUUUCACUUAAAGUUAAAUCUGUCCAUCGGUUUUGCCCUCACUACUGGAAGAUGAAUGCUCAGUGUUUUAUAAAUGGAGUCUGUGGAAAUAACCUUGAAGAUACAGAGGAUUCCAGUGAUUUCUCUAUUCUGGGCUCCCUGCCCCCUUCCACCACGGGGGAGUCAACAGCAUAAGGUGUACUACUUGUUUCAGGCAUGCAGGGUCUUUCAAGUGCUAGAUGGGUUAACAAAACCUGCUUGCCCUGCAGCUAAUUAAAGGCUGGAUUAAUUAUAAUUAAAUACUAUUUCAUUGGAAAUCCAUGGAAUUUUUCAGAUCCCUGUGAUGGGAGUUUGGGGUAAGAUGCAGAGUUGAGUUUCUGUACAAGAAUUGGUGUUCUUUUUGAACCAGUGUAACAUGGGGAGUGAACAGUCUCGGAAUGAAAAUGAAGUGGGUGGGUUGUUGCCCCUAUGCUACUUCCCAGUGUUAACCUACUUCUUUGCUCCCCUGCUUCUUUAAUAAGUUAUUCUCUAAAAACUUAGGGGGAGUGAGUGAGUUGGGGCGAGAGUUCUUGUCAUGUGUGUUUGAGGCAGUUGUCUUGGGGAUUUUUUUUUAAUGUUGGGAGUCACUUUGUGUCCCUUGACACUUAAUGUGGAGCAGCACUUUUCUGUGUUUUAGCAGACUUGUUUCUAUGUAUUCUUUACUAAAUUCUGCCUUCUUUUCUUCCUCUUUAAAUGAUGUGUAGAUUGAUUUCAGAGAAAUUAAACACUCUUCAUUAAUGCUGAA